CACUUAAACGCUUGAAAAUAUUUACAUUGACAACAAUGGCCGACACAGACCCGCCAAAGAAACCAAAACGGACAGUAAAGAAGCUUCCCCCUCUGACCGGGGAAACAGAGGAAGGGGCUGAAGUUAAGAAAGUUGUUAAAAAGAAGAAAAAGAAACCACCAGAGGAAACAGCCAAUGGAACUACUCCAAAAAGCCCAGGAGGAACACCCAAAAAGAAGAAGAAACCAGCUGCAAAACCUGAAACUGAAAAAGAAGAAAAUGGCGACGCGCCUCCUGCCAAACCUACACCCCGAAAGAAGAAAAAGAAACCUGUAGCUAAGACAGAGGGUGAAGAGGGAGACCCUACAUCCGCCCGAAGUCAGGGAGAGGAUGUUGCAGGAAGUAAAACCAGUCUCAUAUCUAAGGAACAGACAGGCACACCAAAAAAGAAAGUGAAGAAAAAGGUUAAGAAGACCACUCCUAGGAAACAAGAGGAUGAAUUCCUAGAUUCCACCAUGGCAGCUGACCUCACUACCAUCCAAGAAGAUAUUAUCUCCCCUCGUGAAAAAGCUGCCGACUCAACUCAGCAGGGAGAUGAGGAUGAGGAUUACGAGGAGCAAGGGCGGCAUCCUUACUCCACAGAAUCAAACAUCCUGAAGAGUCAGCCACUCGAUAAGCUUUUCAUUGAGACAGAUUCUGGAUUCAAAGGACAGAACAAGACCAAGCUUGCCAGGAAGUGGGCAGAAGCUGAAGCAAUUAAAGCAGAUAUAGCACCACAAGUCAAACGUACCACCAUUGAACUAGCUCUCAGUACCCACAAUGCACUAAAGACAUUUCUGUUGUUUGUUCAUGGGAUAACGGCAGGCAUUUCAGUUUGGCACAUCACCAUGACAUACAUUCUUCUGUUCUUUAACUACAUAGACUUUUUGGAACAUUACCGAAUCUUAGCUCUUCCAGUACAGUGUAUGUUCUACAUCCUACUGGUGCUGUGUACUGUAUCAGCCUGUGACAGGUUUGAUGUAGGUAAUCCCAACAGAAGAUUUUUGCUGGAGUCCCUUACACUACAGACAGGAACCAUUUCGGUGCUCAUCUACUUUGCUGCCUUGGUGUUGAGCUUGUGCACUGCCAAUCUAGAGGACAAAAUGAAUCUGUACCAUACCAACACCACAUUUUCCGGUCUGUGGGACGACCCAGUGGAGUCUACAUCAGACAUAGACCUUUGGAAGAGUUUGAACACAGCUAGGUGUGUACUAGCCAUCUUAGGUUGGUUCAUCAUUGCUGUCGGGCCCAACACAGACAGACUCUAUACUAACCUACGCAAGGCUGACGACAACAUUCUCGGCGGAAAUUCCAUGCAGUUGAAAUCAAGUGUGGCAUAGUAUUGUCAAAAGACACUUAAACACAGUGCCAAUUUUUGUAUUUCGAUAGUGCAUCAAAUGAAUGGCUAGUCCAGCUUUUAAAGAGAUGUUUACAGGAUACUACCAUCAGUGCCUCAACACAUAUUUGUGUUUCGUACGUCUGUCGGUGUGACACAAUCUCCGCAAAUGUGAAGUGCGAACAUAUUCAUCGUAACUUAUUAAAGGAUAAUGAUCUAUCAUAAUCUUUUUUAUACUAAAAGAUGUUUUAUUUUACAUCAUGUGAUGGCAGUAAAUGUAAUUCAUGUAAUGUUGUGUAUAUAAUGCAUUUAUAGAAUAUUUAUUAAUAUAAAAAUCUUAAAUAUUAC